GGGAAGGGGUGAGGGGGAGAGAAGCGAUCGCGAGAAAAAAAAAAAUGCAACCUCCCAAAAUAAAGAGCAAAGAUUGCAUUAGGAGCGAACAGCGCUGCAGAAAUAGAUGGCAGCUUCGUGUCAGUGAGUUUGCAUCCCCUUCCUGAUCCACGAGCUGGAGUGAUUAGAGCCCUGGAAGGGAAUUGUUACUCCCGUGAAGUCCCCUUUUCCUGGCAGUCAUCUGCACUGUACACGCUGGAUGCCUCUCUCCAUCCACCCCACUCACUCUCUCCUCUCUCACCUCCUCUCUCCCUCUCUCCUGCAUUGAUUUUUUUUUUCUUUUUAGUUGACUGAAACAAAACAAAACAAAAGGGCCACUGGAUGUCUGCCUUCUUGGGGGGUGAGCCAGACAGACUGACAAACAAACAGACCCAACUGUGCUCGGGGGAGGGUUUCUCCUCCCGUUUUGCCCGGCAGCAGCAGCAUGGACGUGUUGGCUAGUUAUAGUAUAUUCCAGGAGCUACAACUUGUCCACGACACCGGCUACUUCUCAGCUUUGCCAUCCCUGGAGGAGACCUGGCAGCAGACAUGCCUUGAAUUGGAACGCUACCUACAGACAGAGCCCAGGCGGAUCUCGGAGACCUUUGGUGAGGACUUGGACUGUUUCCUCCAUGCUUCUCCUCCCCCGUGCAUUGAGGAGAGCUUCCGGCGCUUAGAUCCCCUGCUGCUCCCAGUGGAAGCCACCAUCUGCGAGAAGAGCUCUGCAGUGGACAUUUUGCUCUCUCGGGACAAGUUGCUAUCUGAGACCUGCCUCAGCCUCCAGCCAACCAGCUCUUCUCUAGACAGCUACACAGCCGUCAACCAGGCCCAGCUCAACGCAGUGACCUCAUUAACGCCCCCAUCGUCCCCUGAGCUCAGCCGCCAUCUGGUCAAAACCUCACAGACUCUCUCAGCCGUGGAUGGCACAGUGACGUUGAAACUGGUGGCCAAGAAGGCUGCACUGAGCUCAGUAAAGGUGGGAGGGGUGGCAGCAGCAGCAGCCGCCGUAGCACCAGCUGGGGCAGUUAAGAGUGGACAGAGCGACAGUGAACAAGGAGGGGUAGGGGCAGAAGCAUGCCCCGAAAACAAGAAGAGGGUUCACCGCUGUCAGUUUAACGGGUGCCGGAAAGUUUAUACAAAAAGCUCCCACCUAAAGGCCCACCAGAGGACUCACACAGGUGAGAAGCCUUACAAGUGCUCAUGGGAAGGAUGUGAGUGGCGUUUUGCACGGAGUGAUGAGCUCACGAGGCACUACAGGAAACACACAGGUGCAAAGCCCUUUAAAUGCAACCACUGCGACAGGUGUUUUUCCAGGUCUGACCAUCUUGCCCUCCAUAUGAAGAGACAUAUCUAAAAAUCCUAAAGGCCAGAGUUGCCAUGGCGUCGGCCAAUGUUGGAAGGAAAUGCCGAGGCAGGGGGCUGGACUUCAGGCGGGGACCCACUGCCUCGCAGAAGAAAGUUCUCACUUGUAAACCUCUGUGUACACACACACACACACACCCUCUCACACACAGACCCACACACAUCCACGCUGUCAUGCACUCAACUAUAUUUAAAGUAUAUACGUCUAUUCCUUAUGCCUUGCCCUAGCCAGAUGGUAGAAGGCGAAGACGGAGGAAACCAGGUGAACUCAGCAAGACAGACUGGCUGCUUACUUCAGCGCUAUUGGAAUUCUUCCUACUGUUGCCAAUGGAAAGCAAAGCAAAUGGAUGUGACGUCUCUGCGGGUGGACGGCAGUACGAGGGGCUUAUUUAACUCGCUUCUCAGUGCAACUUGAUAGGAGAAUACACCGGCUUAAAGUUGCAAAUGUGUAGCACUAAUGUUUCUUUUUAAAUAGUUGGGGGAAAAUGACCUAGAAAACCAAAUUGCAGUUUGGUAGCCAAAAUUAACUCUUGGUUUAUUUGUCCUUUGUGUGUGAAAAGUCCUACUAUUCCGUGCGUCAGACUUCCUCACAGAACUGUUGAUGGGUUUUUUGGUUCUUCUUAGUACCAUUGAGAUCUUUCGAGUCGGUACCAACGGCCUUAGCGGCGGCAGACUCUGGAAUAACACCUUACACCUUUCUGGCCUGCAUUUCUCUAGACUUCACCCUCAAGGGAGGAGUUUUCUUUUCUUACUUUUUGACUCUUGCACACCAUAUGCACUAGGGAUUCUGGAAACUUCUAGCAUGACUGCAAAGUGGCCAAGAGAAUAAAGUCCUUGAUGAUAAAUCACAGUAUAUCCCUUGAGCCUCACCUUUUUGCCAGUGCUAGAUUUUUUCUUUUUAAUCUCUGUUUUUUGCUAACGAAACUUGAAAAGCUUAUUUGGAAGCUUAAAUGUUUUAUCUUUUCUCCAUGGACUAAGCCUCUCCAGGACUCCUCUCUCUUUCUCUCUCAGCACCUGGAUGUCCAGCUCUCGAAGCAGCCAAUCAGACGGGACAUCACAGUUCCCUCAUCCUCCUUGAGGCCCGAUGACCUCAGCUCGUAGUGAUCAACCACUGUGCUGUGUGUCAUUGCUACCCUAUAACCAGUCACAGCAUAGAUGUCGCUAGUCUCAAAGGGCAGCUGCGUAUUUAAUCUAACUCUGGGUUCUGACCUGACAAAAAGCCAAAAAAAAAAAAACAAAAAAUCACUCUUUCCAGGAGUGGGGAAAACUGAGGAUGCCUCCUAAGUCUAGUGGCUUCACAAAACAUCAUCCUAUCUUCCUCUCUCAUACCCACUAAGCUCAUAUUACCCACUUGUUAAAAUCCACCACUCAAAAUGCCAUUGUGGGAAUGAGGGUUGACUUUAAGGGGAGGUUGGAGGUGUCUCUCUUGGGAUGUUUCUUGGGGUUUGGGCUAGACCCACCAUGCCUUGUGACCUAGAGCACCCAGGAUCAACAGAAGCCUCACACUACUCUGCAAGCUGACUCCGAGGGGGUUCACAUUCCUCACCUGUCAUCCCACACACACAUCCAAUAUUGGUCUCUAUCUACCCGCAUUCUUAGCUAGCUGGCACUGGCCUCAACUCCAAAGACUGCCUUUAGGACCAUUACAUGGCCUAUGCAAGCAAGCGGGGUGGUUAUUAGGACAGACUGUAUAUUUUGUAUAUUCUGGGACCAUCCCUUCAAGACACGUCUAACAAACAAACAUGGCAUUUGGUCCACACAUGGUUGCUGCUCCUCAUACCACCUGGCUCCCCUCCUGCCCUCCUUUGACUGUUUGACUCAUUGACUGUUAAAAUGCCACCCCAUACAUAUUUGGGAUGCAAAACUGAAGUCUCUCAAAGGAAAUCAUAAUCUAAGGAACACAAACACAUAUAUGUCAGCAACCUUCAAGAUCCUUGGCUUUUGGGUUUCCAGCUUUCUGCAAACUUUGCUUUCACUGCAGUGUUGAAGCUACUCGUCUGAGGGUCAAGGAACCUCCUUAUCACAAAUGCUGUAGCUGCCAGUUGGACACUUGGGGCGUUUUGAGGUCUGGCCCUUAGAAUUUUCUUUCUCUUUUUUCUCCUCCUCCUCCUCUUCCUCCUCCUCCUUCUACUUCUUUUCUUUCUUCUUUUUCCAACUUAGACCAAAAAGAAAAAUUUAAAAAAAAAAAAAAAGAAAAAAGAAAAAAAAAAAAACCCACCCUAAACACACAGACACACACACACGUACACACAGACAUACACAAACAGAUUCUGUCCAUUUGCCGGAGGCAAUUAUAUAUAUGUUAGUUGGAGGGUAUUUUAAAAAAUCAGUUUUAUUCCAAAGAUUUAAAACUAGAUAAGACUUAGAAACAAUUUCUGGAGCACUGUUUGCUGACAAUCUCGUAGUCCUCAACUGCGUUUUGAGUGUAUUUGUGGCCAGUCCAUCAGGGCAUCCCAUGGGAUUAUAUUUGAAUGUGUGGUGCAUCCUUUCUGGAUAAAGGAUGUGUGAGGGACCUUGAACCUCAGCUGUAUUAAACUGUAGCGCCUCCAGUCAGUGCACUAGAUGAAACUUUAGAUGCCCCACAUUUUGUUGGUUCGUUCAUUUUCCUUUCUGUAGCAGCCUCCAGCGCCAAUGCACGCACACGUCAGUGAUGGCCUGAGCCAUGGCUGCCACGAUUUUCCAUGUUCUCCCCUGAGCUGGAGCUGCUCUUGCCUCUCAAAAUGCUAUUAUUAAGGGUUUAUAAUACUUAAUUUAAUUUUUGAACUGACCAAUGCAAGGCUCUAUUAAAAAGAAAGUUUAAAAAAACACAAAGAAUGCAAAAGAGUAAUCAUUGCUGUUUGCUCCCCUUUGUCAUCUGUGGUCUCAUUUGAAUGUGGCAGAACAAAGGCCCUUUGGUCCUCAUCAGUGUCUGAAAUGUUUGGUUAACUUCUCUCUCUUGUAUCAGUGAGGUCCUUUGUAAUCUGCUCCUGACCUUUCUCAGAGCAGGGUGAACUGAAACACCACGAUGGUGCUUGCUUGCUUCAGUCCUAUGCUGACUAUGAGAAAUGGCCUGAGAAUUCGGUGGGUGCUAAGUGUAUGGCUUUGAAACUGUUCUUCUCUAGCCCAGAUUGACACCUGUGAAUGAUAACCAGCCCUCGCUGUGGGCGGGGGUGGCCCCGCUCAUUUUGGAAAUGGAUUGGUGAUGAACGGUCCAUCAUCUCUGAUGUGAACAGGUUUUCCAAGAAAGAAUCGGAAUGUGUUUGGCUCCCGAGAGGGCUGGUUAUUUUUAGCAGUGCUUUUUUUUGAUGGACAUUGGAAACACAUUCAACCCCUUUCUCAAUUAAAUGGUUACCUCCUAACAUUCCAGGGAUCCCAAAUUUGAAAGGAGAAACCUGGCAUGGUGUUUCUGUGGAUGUCCUCUCAAGCAUUCUCGAUCCAGGGUUCAGAGUUUGAUGUAUUUCUAAGCCACUGACAGUUUUCUUUAUUUCAAGUUAUGCUUCUUUCUCCUACCACAUUGGCUGUAAGUCAGAGAUGUGGAAACCUGAAUGAUAAAGCUGCUCCUAGCUGCUGGCCUCCUGCCCCCUGUUGGUUCACUGCCCCAGCAUAUGCCUGGUGGUGACCCGAGUAUUAUGUCCAGAUACAGAGGCAUUUGGAUUCCAUGACAAAGCUGCAUUUUGUAAAAAUAUUGAAGACCCCAAAAUGACCUUCAUGAUGACCAUUUCCUUCUCUCUAUGUGCUUUCCCUUGCAAAGCCCUUCAAAUACCCCUUUUCUCAAUGUCAUCACCUCCCCACCCACACCUUCUGUGCCCUUUUACAUCUUGAUUGCCUGAUUAUAACAGGGUAAAAAGACAGCCAACCUCAUGCACGAUGAGCAGAAUGGAUUUCUGGUUUUAAAAAAUCUUCUCUAAAGACAGAGAAAAUUUUUUAAGAACUUAGUUUGGGAUAAGCUUCCAGAUUAUCCAUGUCUAUUUACAUCAAAGGGGAAAUAAACAGAGUUUUGGGGUGGUUCAUCCAGAGCAUUCAGAACAUUCUGCCUGUAGCCUUCACUCCUGUGUUCUAUGGGAGAACCAGAAGAAAUAGAUUCAAAUUGCAAAAACAACAAAACCCAAUGAUUAAUUUUGAUGGCUUAAAAUUAUUUCCUCCAUGGAAGUCACUUUGUAAAAUAAAAAAUAUAGUGGGAAGUGCUCUUGUCUUCUCCUUUGCAUGAGUUCUGUUUAGGAGAAGGAAGAAAGGAGGGAGAGUCGAGAGAUUUAACCCAAUUGGACUACAGAAAUUGUUUCUUUCCUCCUUUAUAAAAUCAAACAAAAAAAUCUUUUGAGGGCCAGCAUUUCGGGCCACAAUUUUGCACCCCAAACAUUGCCAAAGUGGAAAUUCAGUAUGUAAAAUCUGGUUGAAAUUUAUUCAUGGAAGUUUUUCCUUCCAUUUUCUGUACGUGGCAGGAGCAGGGGCAGGCAGGAGGACUCAAAUUAUGGAUGUCUGGAUUAAAUUUCGGUAAACAUGGUGAUAUCUCAUCUUGGAAACUAGAGGGCCUGGCCGGAGGAUACAUCAAUGUCUUUUUCGAUGGCCUAUUUUCCUCUUGGAGGACUUUUUGAAAUACUUGAGAUGGGACAACAGAGAUGUGUGUCAAAGGAAGCAAAAACUGCUUGUAAAUAAUGUGGUAUCUCAUGACUAACUGAGGCUCCAGGGUUUCUCUUGCUUAAGUCUCCUCUGUUGGUUCCUAUAAUAAAUCCCAGAAAGGGGACAAAUAAAGCUGCAGUUAACUUUCUUACGCUCAUCCUUCCAAUAUUAUAGUACUGUAUUCUUCAGGUGUUUUGCAUUUACAUAUAAGUCCUCGGGAAACAGGUAUCAAAAAUGAGAGAGAAAUCCUAGGCUGUCACUUCACCAGUAUCCCAAACAAGAUACUCUUUUCAAACAGGGCUCCCUCUCAGUGGUCACGAGGGAAUGUUGAUACGUUCUUGGUUGGGGACUGUUUAUACAAUUUUUUUCAACUGUGAGCUUUGGAAUCGUAAAUUGCUUUGACUCCAGCUUCUGUCUACUGCCAUAAAAAGGACCCCACGUCAGAAUAAUGAGGGUGGUAUGUGCACACGUGCCUGGACGGGCGUGCGCAUGUGCCCAUUGUACCUUCGCAGAAGGAAAACAGGCUACUGACGUUUAGGAGGAGUAGCCACCAGUGCCUAAUAUCUUUGGGGGGGGGGUGGAUGCUUGUAAUUGCCAGUAUAUCAAAACCACACUGGGAGUUAGUUCCACAUGGAGGGGAGGGGCAGUGGGUGGAGAGAGGGGACAUUUAUAUCCUAGGCCUUUAGACUGGAGGCAGAUGAUUUCUGCAAAUCUAGGUCCUGAAGGCUUUGGGGCUCAUUGGCUGGUUCUUGACCUUUAUGUUUUUUGUUUUGUUCCCCCCACCCCCCCAGCAUGCAUAUUCUAUCCAAACCCUGACUUAGUUUAAUUUCCUUAGUUUUCACUUCUGCUUCAUUCCAGGGAGGAAAAAUACACCUGUUAUGGCCAAGAUUUCCUUGCUAACACAGAGGCAAAAAUAAAUGUUUAAUAUUUUUUGAAGCCUCCCCUUCCAUUCACAACCCCCCUGCAAGCCCUUUUCUCCCCCACUACUCUCACCAUGCAACUUCCCCGGCCACCAUGACUUUAUUUGAAAUCUUGAUCAUCUUCUUCACAGUUGCUUGAAGAAAUUUAUUUUUGCACUAUACAUUUCCUUUUGCCAGAUGUGUCUAACAAGUGUGUUUGGAAAGACCUACUCCCAGCCCCUCCCCUCACCCCGCCUCCCCCGUCACAUUCUCUCAGGCCUUCUCUGGUAUUUAUAAUAUAUCACAGAAGUACCCAGUCUUAUAGCCCUCGGUUAUGCCUUUUUUUGACAUUUUAUUUUUUUUAAGCUUUUUAUAUAUAUAUAUAUAUAUAAAUAUAUUACUUUGUCAAGUUUUUUUGCUGUACAAAAGUCUUAAGAUUUAAAACUAUUAUUUGUAUUAUAUGAUGGUGGUAUGUUAAUGUUACAAAAUUAUUAAUGAAGAAAAAAUUUAUUUUUGUUACUGGUCUGUUUCAUAAUUCUUUUUUAAAUUGGUAUAUUGUAAGAUAUCUAUGCAAAAAAUGUUACGUGACGCAUUUUUAUUUAAGAAUGUAAUAUGUGUAAUAAACAGUAGAAUGUGUUUGGCCUUGGAA